AUGGACUCCGUGACACUCUCCGCCUCCACGCCGCCGAAUAUUCCGUCAUCCACGGAUCGAUUAGAGGAUGAGUUCCGCCGUAUUCUCCUUUCCGUCAAUUUCCCCGUCGAAGCCGAGAUCAUUCUCGAUUCGCAAUACACCGACUUAAAUGUGAAAUUCGAGCAGAUCGAAGCCGUCGGCGUUCUCCGCCGCACCGCCGACCGGAUGACCGCCGCCGGAUACUCACAGGAGCGCGUCGUCGACGUGUACGCAUCUGCGCGGAAGUCUCUCCUGGUCGAGAUCUGCAAGGAUCUCGAUCUGAACGUCGAAUCGGAGGAGCUCAAGGGCCGCUGGAAACGCGCCGCCAAGACCGCCGUCCACGUGUCUUUCCCCUGCGAACGGAGAUUGCUCGAUCGGAUAUUCCCGGAUCUGACCGCCGACAUCGCCGAAGCUUGCUUCGUCGAGAUCGUCGAAGAUUCCGCCGUCCGUUUACUGAGAUUCACCGAGGCGAUUACCAACACCGGAUGCCCCUCUAGAAUCUUCCACGCUUUAGACCUCUACGAACUUCUCUCCGAUCUACUCCCUCAGAUCCGUACAAUUUUCGGCUCGAAAUCGGGCGAAUCUAUUUCGAACGAAGCUGAAAAGUCGUUGUCCGGUUUAUCGGACUGCGUAAUGGCAACAUUCUCCGAACACGAGAAAGCUCUGGAUGUGGAUAAAUCUCGAACCGCAACGGCAGGUGGUUCGAUUCACCCCUUAACGAGAUACACCAUGUGUUAUAUGACUUACUUGGCGCUAUAUAAGCCGACACUCUCGAAACUGAUUGAGGAGGCUUCUUCGAAAUUGGAGCUUCGUGUUUCGCAGAUGAUCGUGGAUCUCAAGUCGAAUAUGGAGUGCAAAUCAAAGUCCUACAAGGACGCUUCGUUGCGUAAUUUGUACAUGAUGAACAACCUUAAUUACAUUGUUCGCAAAAUAAUAAAAUCGCGCGAGUUGAAAACGAUGAUUGGGAACGAUGGUUUAGUGAACGAGUUAACGGAGGAGUACUACCGGGAUUUAAAGUUGUACCUAGAGUCGACGUGGGAGAGCCUAUUGGACAGCUUGAGAAGUACCGAGGAAGUGAAAUCGGGGUUUUUUUCGUCUUUUGUGUCGAAGAAGCUUGUUUACAGACAGAGGCUUAAGGUAUUCUACGAAAAGUUUAAGAAGGUGCGUGGAACUCAGUCGAGCUGGAUUGUGAGCGAUGAACAACUACGUAAGGAGGUUAGAAGUUACAUACUUAGUUUGGUUAUUCCGGUUUAUACUUCGUUUCUUGAAAAGCACGGAAGCGAUAUUGAGAGAGGUGACCACCCCGGUAUUUGCAUUAGCCACUCGGUCGAGAAGCUUCGCAAAGAAGUCGAAGAAAUGUUCCGAGUUGAAUCAAUAGUUUGUUAA